CCACUAAAUUUAUAUUUAAAAAUAGUGCGGUGCCGGGCAGCGGACGGGGACUGGAAUAUAAUGGCAGCAGAACGAUUUUGCAUAUUUUUUGGAGUUGUAACUAUUCUCGGGGGUCUCGUACUUCGGGUGCAGGGGAAUGAGGAGACACAGCUGAUCAGGAACUUGUUCAAAAACUACAACAAGAACAUUCGACCCGUGGUCCACCCUGUAGACCAGGUGCAGGUCCAGAUCAAGCUGACCCUCACCAACCUCAUCUCUCUGAAUGAGAAAGAGGAGACCCUCACCACCAACGUGUGGCUGGAGAUUCAAUGGUCCGACCACCGUCUGGUCUGGAACACCUCGGACCACUACGGCAUCAGUGUAAUCCGUGUCCCCUGUCACACCGUGUGGCUGCCGGACAUCGUCCUGGAAAACAACAUUGAUGGAAACUUUGGCGUGGCCUACUACGCCAACGUGCUGAUCAGCAACACGGGCUGGAUCUACUGGCUGCCCCCGGCCAUCUACCGCAGCACGUGUGCCAUCGAGAUCACCUACUUCCCCUUUGAUUACCAGAACUGCACCCUGGCCUUCAGGUCCCAGACCUACAGUGCCAAAGAAGUGGACCUCAUCCUGGCUGUGGAUGAAGGAGGCACCAUCGAGUGGGUGGACAUCGACCCCCAGGCCUUCACAGAGAACGGCGAGUGGGCCAUCGUCCACCGACCUGCCAGGAAGAUGAUCAACAAACGCUACUCCCCCGAUGACCUGGAGUACCAGGAGAUCCUCUUCAACCUGGUCAUCCAGAGGAAGCCGCUCUUCUACAUCAUCAACAUCAUCAUGCCCUGCUCCCUCAUCUCCUCGCUGGUCGUCUUGGCCUACUUCCUACCUGCACAGGCCGGGGGGCAGAAGUUGACCACGGCCAUCUCUGUGCUCUUGGCUCAGACUGUCUUCCUCUUCCUUAUUGCUCAGAAAGUCCCGGAGACGUCUCUCUCUGUCCCGCUCAUUGGAAAGUACUUGAUCUUCGUCAUGUGUGUCACUACCCUCAUCGCAACCAAUCAGAUCGUGGUGCUGAACAUCUCCCUGCGCAGCCCCAGCACUCACACCAUGUCCCACAGCAUCAAACAUGUGUUCCUUGAGAUCGUGCCCCGCUUCCUGGGCCUGUCUCCGCUGGUGGACGACAGCGAGGUCACCACGGAGGUCAACGGAGUCCGAGAGCGUCGGCGCAGCUCCUUCGGCCUGAUGCAGCGAGCCGAGGAGUACGUGAUGAAGCAGCCGCGCAGUGAAAUGAUGUUCGACAAACAGAGAGAGAGACACGGCCUCACGCGCUCCAUUGUGGACAACAUGGACGUGAGCGGCACAGCUAACCUGUACAAGAGCUUGGCCCAGGCCGCCCCUGAGAUCAAACAGUGCGUGGACGCCUGUAACUUCAUCGCCGAGAGCACGAGGCAGAGGAACAUCAUCGGGUCGGAAAUCGAGAGCUGGGUGCUGAUCGGGAAGAUGAUCGACAAGGUGUGUUUCUGGGCCGCCAUCCUCCUCUUCAUCGUCGGCACCGUGGGCAUCUUCCUAACGGGACACUUCAAUCGGGCACCGGACUUUCCCUUUCCUGGCGAGAGCAAAAAAUAUGUUCCGACAUAGGAGCGUUAGGAAGAAUCUGCUCACUUUACCUCAUGCUUUUCCAC